AUGUCAGAUGACGACGACUUGAAGACGCACUGGGAUGCUCUUACGACCGGCGGGCCUGCUUUCAUCAAGGACUCCAUUAGCCAGUUCACAUUCAAGGCACUUCCCUUGUCGGUGUGUCCUUACAACGCGUCCAAGUGCAUUCCUUUCCCCGGUGUGGAGUUUGGAGAGCUGUAUGGCGGCUACUGCAGUUUCAAGAUGGGUGCGGAUGUUGUCGCGGCCAUGGGCACAGCUGCCGCGGAGAUCUUUGAGAGUACCGGCCUAGCCUCUUUUCAAGACAGCUCUUCAGAAACUCUUGGCAAAUGGAUGGGUGAUUUUGAGAACUCGCUGCCAGCCUUCAUCUUGGUGGCAUUCAGCAGCUUCAUCAUCGGCUUCAUCUACUUGGUUCUCCUGCGAUUCCUGAUCAAGUUCUGUGUUUGGUUUGCCGUCCUUCUGGUAUUCCUUAUGCUUGUCGUCGGCGGUGGGCUGUGCUGGAUUCGCAGCAAGCAGUGUUCAGGGGCCGGCUUGCUGGAAACUGGACAGCAGAUGGCGGUUGCGGUCGCAGUCACGGCCCAGACAACGGCGAACAACGCGGUGUCUGGCACAGAGGCAGUGAGCGAAGCCAUGACCGGGGACGGGGCGGACUACCGUGGCGUGCAGACGCGCACCAAGAAUGGAUACCAAUGCGAAGCAUGGGGAGAAGGAAAUGCUGCCAGCUACAACAGCACUCUUUAUCCAAGCUCGGGCUUGACAAACAACUACUGCCGCAACCCUUAUCCGACUGGAUCCGCGAAUGUGGCUGCGACCAUCUGGUGCUUCACCACUGACACCAGUGUGACAUGGGAGACCUGCACACCUGUUGGGGUCAUCACUCCGGAAUGCGCUGCAGGUUAUGCAGUCACAAAUAACGAGGUCAGAUUGGUUCUGGAGAUCGUUGGCUACGUGCUAUGGGUCAUCGCCGGAAUCUAUUUCCUACUCGUUUGCUGCCUUGUCGACAGGAUUCGCCUGGCAAUCGCUGUGAACCAAGUCGCGGCCAGCUUUGUGAAGGACACCCCAAGGAUACUGAUUAUGCCCAUCCUGCAAGCCAUCAUCGGGAUCCUUUGGAUCUUGAUCUGGGCACUGUCCGCCAGCUUUUUGUUGUCCCAAGUGCCGGAGGAUUACACGCCCAAGGCCGACUUCCGUGAAAAAAAUGCAGUGUUGCAUGUUUCCACCUUCGCCGUCACGCCAGGAGGCAUUCGCAUCCUACGAGGAAGCCUGGGGAACUGUAGCUUGAGAGAUAGUUAA